AUGAAAGUAGCUGACAGACAAGACAAACAGAAGUUAUCAAAAAUGCAAGAAAAAACACUUGGAAGUAAUGAAAAUUUUCUUACACAGAUGAUUAAGAAAUAUAAUAAGAAUAUUAACUUCAUUAAACGUGCAACUGGUUUAAAGUGGAACGCUGCAAAUGCCCAGUGGUCAAGCCAACCAAAAAGCCAAUCAUCCACCAAAUUACGAUCAACACCAAAGAGUACCAGUCUGUUUGUUGGUGGAAGCAAGAGUUAUACAAUCAAUACACCUAAUAGCAUAAACAGAUCCUCCAAGCAGUGUACACCAUUUUUAGGCUCUGCCUUAUAG